AUGUCUUCUCUUCUCCAGCUACACGAGACUUUAGCCGACCUCAUAACCCACAAUCUUCCCGUGUCCCGGUGGCUGCUUCACCUCGAGACCGGACUGGCCGGCCGUCAGACGGCAGUUCUUGACGUCGGGCGCCACCUCAACUGCUUCGUUUGGGCAAGUCAGCAGCUGAAAUGGUACGGCCAGGCCAGAUGGGCAAAGAAGUGGCCUCAGGUAGUAGACCAAAUAUUCUACAGCUGGGUCAUUUUAUGA